CACCCAUGUCUAAGCAAAUACAGCAUCGCAACAGCAACCUGCGGGAGCUUCCUGUAGCGCCUGCCAACACGAACAUGAACAACGUCCGCCCCGCCGCCAACGUUCGGCCUGUUGCCAAGGCAACACCAGGUGUGCGUCCAGGGCAACAGAUGCCCGACGGAGGAAGAGGACGAGGAAGAGGACAGGUCGUUUCCAAGAUGGAGUCACAGCCACCCGGAGGAAGGACGGUGGUUCGAAAGGAAAUCCCAAGAACACCACUGGACCCCAACGAAGACGAGGAAACCCGGCAGUACCGUUUGAAGAUCGAGGAACAGAAGCGUUUGCGAGAAGAAAUUCUGAAAACGAAGGAAAUUAGACGACAAAUGCAAGCCGGCGUCAGAAAGAAGGAGUUGCUCGAAAGGAUCAGUUCUCAGACUCCGACACCACAGAUUCAACCUGCACAACAAAACCAGCAAAUGCCACAACCUGUACAGCAACAACAACAACAACAACCACAACAACUACAACAAAGACAACAACCCACCACCACAGCAGCCGCAGAGACAGUUGCCUCAGAGAGCCCCACAACCUUUAAAUCAGACUUUUAAGAAUCCCAUUCAAGUCAUCCCUCCAAACGGCAAUCCUCAGAUUCUCAUGCCACGACCUAAUGUGAAAGCACGCCUUCAGAUGGUGAAAGGUAACAUCCAGCAACAACAACAACAACAACAACAACAACACACCCCUCAAGUGCAUGUUCCAGAUCAGCAAUGGAUUCAACAAAACCCCCAACAGCGAAGGAACUGCGUUCAGAUCAGACCUGGAGCUCAGAUACAGACGCUUCCUCAGAAGAACAUCCCGGUAACUCCUCAAAUUCAGACUCCAGGACCUCCUCAAGCGGGCGCCAAAAGAACCGUAAUGCAGCGGACCAAAAGCGUCGAUGACCAGCCGGUGCCACAAAAAGUCAGAGUCGUCAAACUUUCCGGAGCGGUGA